CCAGCCCUCGCUCCCUCGCUCGCCCUCAGCGCGGCCCCCGCCAUGACGGAGGCGGGUGCCCGUGCCGUUGCCGCCGCUGCCGUCGCAGGGGGGGAGUCGGGUUCCCAGAAAGUAGCUUGAUGAGUGUCCAAAGUAGCAGUGGAAGUUUGGAGGGGCCGCCAUCUUGGUCCCAGCUCUCCACGUCUCCAACCCCGGGCUCGGCGGCGGCGGCCAGGUCCCUGCUGAAUCACACGCCGCCAUCCGGGAGGCCCCGGGAAGGUGCAAUGGAUGAACUUCAUAGUCUGGAUCCAAGAAGGCAAGAGUUAUUGGAAGCUAGAUUUACAGGAGUUGCAAGUGGAAGCACUGGGAGUACUGGUAGUUGCAGCGUUGGAGCUAAAGCCUCAACAAAUAAUGAAAGCUCUAAUCACAGUUUUGGAAGCUUAGGAUCUUUAAGUGACAAAGAAUCAGAGACACCAGAGAAGAAACAAUCGGAAUCAUCCAGGGGAAGAAAGAGAAAAGCAGAAAACCAGAAUGAAAGUAGUCAGGGAAAAAGUAUUGGGGGACGUGGCCACAAAAUUAGUGACUAUUUUGAAGUUCGACCGAAUAGUCCUUCUCCUACAGCAUUAGCUUUUGGGGACCACCCUGUUAUACAACCAAAGCAGUUAUCCUUUAAAAUUACUCAGACUGAUCUCACAAUGCUGAAAUUAGCAGCAUUAGAGAGUAAUAAAAACCAGGACCUGGAAAAAAAGGAAGGUCGUAUAGAUGAUUUGCUCAGGGCUAACUGUGAUCUCAGACGACAAAUAGAUGAUCAACAAAAAUUACUUGAAAAAUAUAAAGAACGAUUAAAUAAAUGUAUAUCAAUGAGCAAGAAACUUCUUAUUGAAAAGAGUACGCAAGAAAAACUAUCAAGCAGAGAAAAGAGUAUGCAAGAUAGAUUACGCCUUGGGCACUUUACAACAGUUAGACAUGGCGCUUCAUUUACUGAACAAUGGACAGAUGGCUUUGCUUUUCAGAAUCUUGUUAAGCAACAAGAAUGGGUGAAUCAGCAAAGGGAAGAAAUUGAAAGGCAAAGGAAACUUCUAGCCAAACGUAAACCUCCCACCACAGCUAAUAAUUCUCAGGCCCCUUCUACCAAUUCUGAACCAAAACAAAGAAAAAACAAAGCAGUUAAUGGAGCAGAAAAUGAUCCCUUUAUUAGACCAAAUUUACCACAACUGUUGACUUUGGCAGAAUAUCAUGAACAGGAAGAAAUUUUCAAACUUAGACUAGGACAUCUCAAAAAGGAGGAGGCAGAAAUCCAGGCAGAACUUGAACGUUUAGAAAGAGUAAGAAAUCUUCACAUACGGGAACUCAAAAGGAUAAACAAUGAAGAUAAUUCUCAGUUCAAGGAUCACCCCACAUUAAAUGAAAGAUAUUUACUGCUUCAUCUGCUUGGAAGAGGUGGCUUUAGUGAAGUAUAUAAGGCAUUUGACCUAUAUGAACAGAGAUAUGCUGCUGUGAAGAUUCAUCAGCUUAAUAAAAGCUGGAGAGAUGAGAAAAAAGAAAACUACCACAAACAUGCCUGCAGGGAAUAUAGAAUACACAAAGAACUGGAUCAUCCCAGAAUAGUUAAACUCUAUGAUUAUUUUUCCUUGGAUACAGAUACGUUUUGUACAGUGUUAGAAUACUGUGAAGGCAAUGACCUGGAUUUCUAUCUGAAGCAACACAAAUUAAUGUCAGAGAAAGAAGCUAGGUCUAUUGUAAUGCAGAUUGUAAAUGCACUAAGAUAUCUCAAUGAGAUCAAACCUCCUAUUAUACAUUAUGAUCUUAAGCCAGGAAACAUCCUUCUGGUAGAUGGGACAGCAUGUGGUGAAAUCAAAAUCACUGAUUUUGGUUUGUCCAAGAUCAUGGAUGAUGAUAGCUAUGGUGUAGAUGGAAUGGAUCUAACCUCCCAAGGAGCAGGCACCUACUGGUACUUACCUCCUGAGUGUUUUGUAGUUGGAAAAGAGCCACCAAAGAUUUCCAACAAGGUUGAUGUGUGGUCAGUUGGAGUCAUCUUCUUUCAGUGUCUGUAUGGUAGAAAGCCAUUUGGUCACAAUCAAUCUCAACAAGACAUUCUUCAAGAAAAUACAAUAUUAAAAGCCACAGAAGUCCAGUUCCCUGUAAAACCAGUUGUAAGCAGUGAAGCCAAGGCCUUUAUUAGACGCUGUUUGGCAUAUCGAAAAGAAGAUCGAUUUGAUGUGCACCAACUGGCAAAUGACCCAUACCUUCUCCCACACAUGAGAAGAUCGAAUUCUUCAGGAAACCUACACAUGGCUGGGCUGACAGCAUCCCCUACACCCCCUUCUUCAAGCAUAAUUACUUUCUGACUUGCCUCCAAGAUUGGCAUGAUAUCUUUGAAUUUUUUCCAGAUGCAUUCUUGAGUUUGAGAGCAUUUGAGUGUUUUAUUGUUUUCUUUUUUUUAAAAAAAGGACAUGGAUAAGAACUGUGUGUGAACUGAAGUUCUUUGUAGCAUCAUUUGUAUGAGAGUGGAUCAUGGAUGGUGAAUAAUGCACACUUCUUACUCUGACCUUGAGCAGUGAAGGAUGGCUGCCUGUUAUGCAGAAACAGGAGUGCCAUGUUGAGAUAGAUAGAAAAAAAUGCGGAGCUUAUUUGUUUGUUUAUUUAGGGGAACACUGUAAAUAACGUUUAUAAUACUUAAAUAUAUUUGAUUGUUACUAGAGAGUUCUAAUAUGAAGGGUAGUUUUUCAUUAUUUAAAAACAAACAUGGAAAAAUAAGAGACCUAUUUCUAACACAAGAACUACAGUGCCUGGAUACAUCUUCAGCAUUUGGCAGUUAAUCUGCUGAAACCAAAGUAAGAACUGAAUGACAGUGACCGUUGUAUUUUCUAAUAAUAGAAUGUGGGAGUUAGAAUCUUUAGACAAAGGUGGGCUUUGUCAUUGGCCUAUUCUGGCUUACCAAGUUGUACCUCGAAAUCAUUUGUCCAUUUUUUUUUCCACUGGUUAUAUAAAAGAAAGAGCUGUUAUUCCUAGAUACUUCAUACUUUUGACACAAAGAGCUGCUUAUUUUGAGAUCAGUUGAAUUCACUAAAUUAUAAUAUCUCCAGUGUGCUUUCAACCUGUUAGAAUUGUUAACAUUUUAUUUUGUUACCAGGCCUUGUUCAUUAAAAUGAGACAAUAUGUGACCAAAAGCAGUCCAGUUCUAUGCAGGAUAAUGAUAAAUUCCCUUCUAGCUCUUAUUGUAAAUUAUUGUACAGAUGUCCUGUUUCAAUUACUAAGUUUCAGCAGCUUAUUCUUGUACAAAUGUUUAAAAAUAUGGCUUUUUAAAUUGGAUAUUGUAUUUUUUUUAAGUCUUCUUGAAGGCGCUUUAAUUGCUGCUAAAUGAUGUUGCUUCUUUGCUGAAAAUCAAAUGACCUCCUUGAAGGUGCAAGUUGACUGUACAUCAUAGAGAGACAUUAAAGCAAGCAUUCAUUAACAAUCAA